AUGGCACGCGGACUUCAGAAGAUUCAGUCGCAAAAGAGAAAUCAAGAAAGGCAGAAUGCUAAAAGGAAUCCAUCAGAUAACAAGAAAGCGGCCGAUGCCAAAUUGACCUUCUCAUGUUGUGUUUGUAAGACGCAGAUGCCGGAUCCGAAGACGUAUAAAAUGCACUUCGAAAGCAAACAUCCCAAAGCUGAACUUCCGGCAGAACUUCGCGAAAUCUAG